AUGAAGAGUGUGGAUGAACUGAUGGAAAUUUAUUUGGAUAAUUUAAUUUCUAGUAGCUUGGUAAUUGCUUUCAAUGAGAUAGGUGAUGUCCCGACUUGCAAAAUUCAUGAUCUUGUGCACGACUUUUGUUUGAUAAAAGCAAGAGGAGAAAAGUUGUUUGGUGAGAUUAGUUCAAGUGAUCCAUCUUUUUCUUCUUCAGAUUUGAUGCCACGCAUAGUAAAUAUUGAUUACGAUAAGGAGCACUUUGGGCCUAACAAUUUCGUCCUGCUCGAUUCAAAAAAGAAAAGGCAUUCUGGUAAGCACCUCUGUUCUUUGUUGAUAGUUGGACACGAGAUGGAAGAUCGUCUUUCUGAUGCAUGUCACGCAAGAGACUUGAGGCUUCUUAGAGUGUUGGACCUGCAUCCCUCUUUUAUGAUGGUGAAAGAUUCUUUGCUGAAUGAAAUUGGCAUGUUGAAUCAUUUGAGGUGCUUAAGAAUUGGGACAAAAGUUAAAUCUCUGCCUUCAUCUUUCUCAAAUCUCUGGAAUCUAGAAACCCUGAUGGUUGAAAACAAAGGAUCAACCUUGGUACUAUUACCGAGUAUUUGGGAUCUUGUAAAGUUGCGAGUGUUGGCCGUGACUGCUUGUUCUUUCUAUGAUUUGGAUACUGAUGAAUCAAUACUAAUAAAAGAGGACUCAAAGUUAGAGAACUUGAGAGAAUUAAUUAAACUCGUGCUUUCCUAUUCGAAAGAAAUAGAGGAUAUUUUCAUAAGGUUCCCCAAUCUUCAAAUGCUUAGAUUUGUUCUCAAGGAAUUAUGGGAUUAUUCAACAGAGCGAUUUUGGUUCCCGAAAUUGGAUUUCCUAACUGAACUAGGUUUCCUUAGAGUAGCUUUUGAAAGUUCAAACGCAAAUGACAGUGGGCCCCCUGUAGCGACAAAUUGGUCAUGGGAUUUUCACUUCCCUUACAAUUUGAAAAUAUUGUCAAUGUUUGACUUUCCUUUGGCAUCAGAUUCACUAUCAGCAAUAGCGAGACUGCCCAACCUUGAAGAGUUGUUCCUUACGAGAGCAAUCAUCCAGGGGGAGGAAUGGAACAUGGGGGAGGAAGACACUUUUGUGAAUCUCAAAUUUUUGCAGUUGUAUGAAGUGACUCUUGCUAAGUGGGAAGUUCGAGAGGAAUCAUUUCCCGUGCUUGAGAAAUUAGUACUGUGGAAAUGUCAUAUUCUUGAGGAGAUUCCAUCUAGUUUUGGCGAUAUUUGUUCGUUGAAAAUCAUCAAACUUGUAAAGAGCCCUCAACUUGAAGAUUCAGCUCUGGAGAUUAAACAAUAUGUUGAUGAUAUCACAGGAGGAUAUAGUCUUCAGAUCCUUGGCUGGAAUAAUAUCCCGUUAUCUAAGACAGGUUCUUCUCUAUUAUUUGCUGCUUAG